AUGUUCACCCCACAAUCCUACCCACCCCUCCCACGCGAGCAAACCCUCUCACAACUUCCCCCGGAACCCCCCACAAACGCCCAAGACCAAAUCUCGCAUCUCCUCUCCGCAAACCCCCUCAACCGCCUCGUCAUCCUCGACGACGACCCAACAGGCACACAAACCAGCCACAAUAUCCCCGUGCUCACAACCUGGGACACGCCCACCCUAAUCGCAGAAUUUCAACGAACCCCCCCACCCCCAGGCUUCUUCAUCUUAACCAACUCACGCGCGCACCCGCCCCUCACAGCCAAACCCCUCAUCCGCACCAUCUGCGAGAACCUAGCCCAAGCCGCCGCAACAACCAACCAAACCAUCGACAUCGUCCUCCGCAGCGACAGCACCCUCCGCGGCCACUUCCCGCUCGAAGCUGACGUCGCGGAGUCUGUGUUCGGCGCCGCGGACGCGUGGGUGCUCGCGCCGUUCUUCUUCCAGGGGGGCCGAGUCACCAUCGACGAUGUGCAUUACGUCGGGGAGGGUGAGCAGCUUGUCCCUGCUGGGAAGACGCAGUUUGCGCAGGACGCUACCUUUGGUUACCGCAGCUCUAGUCUGAGGGACUAUGUGCUGGAGAAGGCGCCUGGGCGGGGCCGCGCGGAGCGGAUCGUGUCUGUGUCGAUUGGGGAUAUUCGGAUAGGUGGGCCGGCCGCGGUUUUUGAGAAGCUGAUGAGCGUGCCGAGGGGUGGGGUGGUUAUUGUGAAUGCAGUGGUGGAGUCGGAUAUGUGUGUUUUUGUGGCGGGUGUGUUGAUGGCCGAAGCAAAAGGAAAACACUACAUCUACCGAACGAGCGCAACUUUCGUCUCCACUCGUCUCGGUAUCCGCUCUAUACCUCCGAAGACAGCCAUCGAGCUGGGCCUCCCCAGCCCGAGAGAGACAGGUGGACUCAUCAUCGCAGGUUCAUAUGUGCCUAAGACGACAGCGCAGCUUAAGACGUUGACUGAUACGCGCGGACGCUCGGGGCAACUAGCUGUCAUCGAGAUGAAAGUUGAAGAUCUGAUCGUGGCCUCGCCCGAGAGAACAACACAGUUGAUCCAGGAGGUUGUGCGCGAGACGGAGCGCAAUCUACGGAGUGGGAUGGAUACGCUGGUCAUGACUAGUCGUACACUGAUUACUGGAGAAGACGAGCUGUCUUCUUUGGCUAUCGGGUCGAAGGUCGCGGAUGCUUUGGUGGGAGUGUUGCGGGGGGUUGAGGUGAGACCACGGUAUAUUAUUGCGAAGGGUGGGAUUACUUCCUCCGAUGCUGCAACCAAAGGCCUGAAUAUCAAACGCGCCAUGGUUAUUGGCCAGGCAGCGCCGGGUGUACCCUUGUGGCAGUGCGAUGAGCCGACGUCGAGACACCAAGGCGUGCCUUUUGUUGUAUUCCCGGGAAAUGUUGGGGGAGAGUCUACUCUGUGUGGGCUUGUUGAGGCUUGGAGUUGA